AUGGCUUGCGCCUGCUGCGUGGCGGAUGAGCAACUCGAGACCAUCACCGUCUUCAGCGAGGUGAAAGAGGCUGGUCGCAAGGAACCCGAGGACACCUUCCUGGCGCCGAAAGCUGAAGAACUUCCGAGACCUCGCCCGGCCGAGGAAGUCAAGCCUUUCAUGGAGGAGGAGGUCCCCGUCGAACCAAAGGAGGAGCCCGAGGCCAAGUGUCCGGGACAGUACACCUUGAAGAUCAAGAAGGAGGGCAGGCUCUACUGCAGCAUGGAAACUCUGAUCGCUGAAUAUUGCGUGGUUCGCCGCGUGGAUGCUGAAAGCCCAUUGGAGACUGUGAAGCCUAUGGAUCGUUUGGUGAGCAUCAAUGGAAAGCGUCAGGAGGCUGCCUCCAUGGUGAAGACGUUGGCUGAAUCGACGGGAAUGUUGGAGUUGGUCUUUGAACGUCCCGUCAUUAAGGAAAUCACGCUGGCGAAGAGGGGCAAGAAAGCUGGUUUCCGUGUGGAUACGGCGCUGGACACCUGCGGUUUGAUGAUCAAGGGAGUGCAAGAUGGAGCCGCGGCCGAGAUGCCGGCAGGAACUUUCCAGGCCGCAGACCGCAUCAUCGCGGUGGACGGUGUCGAGGGGCGUACUGCUGAUCUGUUGAAAUUGCUUGGGGCUGCUGAUGCACCGGUGCUCAAAGUGUGCACCUAUGCCCAGAUUCCCCUCAAAUAG